UAUAAAUAGACUCCUUGAUUCCAUAGGCAGCUGCAGCAGCUGCUACUAGAAGUUUUAAUCCAGUUCCGACUCCUUUCGGAGCCUUUCCCAUUCGACCAGCAAACUCUGUGAACUUGUCAGCCAUCUUGCCUUCCUCACGUGUCUUGCAAGAGCCUGCAGAAAUGACGUAAGAAAAGGAAAGGCUACCAAGCUGAGGGAGAGGUUACCGAGCUAUCCGAAAAAACAACAUGGCGGACAACGGGGCGAAAAGAGCGAGUGUGGAGUUUUUUCAAUAUUUAAUCAAUUCUUCCGAAAGCUGUGUGGACGACAAGGUGUGUGUUGUGGGGAUUUUCGGCAAAGACAAUCUCGGCUACAAAUCCAAGGCUGUACAUUUGAAUGGAACCAUUGGAAAAGAAGUCUUCAAGAUUGACUUUCUGGAUAGUGCAUUCAAAAAGAAGGACACAAAUGAUUUUUCGUGUGAUAUCGAUGUCUAUCAUGACGUUGAGCAAAGGAUAAUUUAUCUACACCUUGUCUCUGUUUAUGAUGUGUCAAGACUGUUACAGCUUUGUAAACAAGCCCCACAAGAAGCGCAAAAUGCUGAGUCUCACCAGUACUGGAUGUCGCAUGAAUACUAUUAUGCCUGUGCCCUUAUGUUCCUGUUCUCUGUCUCUCAUAUUGUUGUUCUUUUGCAACCUUCACAGACAUUUGAUCUUAGUUACAUCAGACUGUUUCGCACACUGGCUUCAACAAGACACCAGUUACUGCCUCAGAUUUCCCAGUUGUUGUCUGGUGUAGAAGGUAUCCCAGACAUUUGGAGGCAAACAGGCAGACCAUUCCACAGUUCCAGCUCGUUGUUUACUGUGAACUCAAGCCAUGCCUUUGUCCACGUGCAACCGUGCUCCACGGACUUUGACCCUGUGGCAAUUCUUCUGAACACUCUCGCAAAACCUGCCAUCAACACACAGUGGGUGGAAUCAAGCCCUCUGCUGAGAAACAGCAAAUUCCUGAAAAGAGAGGUUCCAGAAUCAGGAGGGGACAGUGACUUGAUGAAUUCCACGGACGACGUGUUGUUCAGAGAUUACCUCAAGCAACAGAUCGAUCAUCUGAUGACAGGAGAUGCUGGUCGUGAUGGGGUGGCUGAGGGACGCCGGGGAACACAUGUGGAGGUUCCUUCAUGUCGUCUGUGGGCACGUGUGUCGCUGGCGCUGUUCGAGUUUUUCUUGACUCCAAAGAGUGACUUGAUUGCUCCUCUUACGGCAAUGGCGUCUCAUCUGGAUCUCGACAUGAAGUUCUCUGAGGCACGCUGUCGGAAGGCAAUACCUGUGGCUACGAGUGCUUACUUAGAAAAUCUACCGUCACACUACACUCAGAAUGUACACUUGAACCAGCUGUCUCAAGCUCUCCGCGUGUUUUCUUUGCACGCUCGCGGACCUGCAUUUGAACACUACGCCGCCCAAUUUCAGGAUGAGUGCAACAAGGUAUGGAUGAAUGGAAGACAACUUUGCGAGGAGCGCAGCUUAACAGGACGCCAUUGCGUUUAUCCGUACCACCGGGUCCCGGCCGACGGAGAGCUUCCCUCGGACCCAGUCUCUGAAGAGUCUAAGGAGUUGGGUGUCAUUCCAUGUAAGCCUCACUCAAGUCGGAUCACCAGUGUCUGUGCUUGCAACUGUGGAAGAAUACAGGAUCAUAGAGAAGACCCUUUUGAUCUCAAGGCAGCUAACUUGGACUUCUUCCAAUUGCUGGAAACAAAAUGCUGUGCCUUGCUGGUUCAUCUCUUCUUUCCAUUUCAUCCUAUCUUCUCGUCUACAAAAGCUUUAAACAAAGUCCCGGAAGAACCAGCUGAUGAGGGACCCAUCCUGGAAAUGCCUUCAGAGGUGGAAAACCCUUCAGGCGAGGAAGUCAGUUCCGGGGGAGGUAUUGAUGAAGAACAUGCGGGAAAUGAAACAUCUAUCGGUGAAAACUUGGUUCCAUCUGUUGAUACCCCGAGUGGAACAAUACCCAUUCCUAACGCAGGAAUUCCCGGCGGAGCGGAGAAUGUUGGGAGCAUGGGACACAGUGUGAGCUCCACAUACGGAACGAGUGGGUACCAGUCUACGCUCGAUAUGAUGAGUCAUGAAGGGCCUGAAUUCAGAAGCAUGCUGUCGGAACAUAAGAGCGUCAUCUCCGUGGGAAUCCCAGGUGAAAUGAGCGUUGGGUAUUCCCAAGAUAACUUCCCAACGGGAGGUGAGCAAGCCCAUCGCGUGAAUUCUCCAAAGAGGUUUUCAUCACAACGCCAAGAAAUAGAAGAGAUCUAUUUGGAAACCAUGUUGACCAGCGACUCGCCAGCUGGUGUACUACCUCGCUUUCCUUCCUGGUCGCUCUGCCGUCUGAGCAGUGCGAGCGGGUAUAGUCCCGCAAAGGGUCUGGACCAACCGGGAUUUUUCCCGAACAGCAACUUUCUAUUGGCUUGGGACAUUCCUCUACUGAAUGACAGCCAAUCGGAUUUAACGAGCCAGUUUGAUGGACAGGGAAAACACCUUGGUUCUAAGCAAAUGACGGAAGAAGCGUGGCCUACGUUGAAUGAGCUUCCUUCCGCCGGAAGUAAUAUUUCAACACUUCCUCUGCACCAGGCCCUCUCUUACGCUCGUCGUCAAUGUGCAGAUUACAAAGGAAACACCCCGCCUUUAGUUUCAAAUUCGGCACCAGGAAAAGGUACUUCCGGCCCAUCUCGACAGCGAGGAAGGCCUUCUCGUGAAGGGGCGUUACCAACGGUGAGGGCUUACAUAGGAGAGGAAUACGAGUGCCCCAGGGGACAUCGGUUCAUUUGCUCAGGCCCUGAUAAGAUGGUGAAAGCGACCAGUUCCGGUCACGUGAAGGAAACAGCCCACAAGCUGGUGACGUCAGACAUGCCUCUGUACUUCCCAUGUCCCUGUCGGUCGUCCAAACCUCUCAUGGCACAGAUGAUGCGCGUCUUUGUAGUCACACCUGAUUCCCCCGUACUCGUGACUCUUAACCCGCGGGUUCAACCGUCGGCCCCGCCAUGUCCCGUGUUCUACCCGGGGGUUAAUGCGGGCGUCAGUCUCCCUCCGGGGAGUUUCUGCGUUUUAAGACUUCCGUACGUGUACGUUUCAGAGGAGGGGCCCAUUCUGCCACCCAGUGACUCGCAGCCACUGUUGUCGUGUCGCGUGCUGAAGGGGAUGUUUUCUUCGAUGGGGCAUGUUCAGGACAUCGCAAGGAGUAAUGUGAUGGAAGGAAAGCGUUGACGCUUUGAACCUUACCGAAGGAUGUGAACUGUGCUGGUUUCAGAGUGAUGUGACAGACAGAGAGGGGAGCAAGCAUUGAACAGUGAUAUCUACUAACCUGUUGCUCUCCGGUGAGUCAUUGCUGAGCAUUGCGAUGCAAUGCAACU